AUGGGAACAGAAGUGUUGAGAUCACAGGAUAUCAUCAGAGAAGCUCCGGCGAGUUUUCAUCACCGGAAAACUUACCACGGCUACGGAAACUCCGGUCCGAAAGUCAACCGGAAGCAAGUCCGGCCGGAGCACCGGCGAAACUCGCCGGCUCCGAGAAAAUCGGAGAUGUUAGGCCAACUCGUGAUUCUGAAAAGAGGCGAAGCACUUGGCGCGAAAAUCAAGGCAGGUCCGGAUCCGAAACAGGUCCGAUUGGGAGUUCAGGACACGUACGCAGGAUCGGCGUUCUCGAUGUCGCCGUCGCCGAGUUCGUUGCCUUUGCCGACGUUUUUUACGAAAGGCGGCGUGAAAGCGGUGGAUGAUUCAGCGGCGACGAGGGAUUUGAGGAGGUUGUUACGAUUAGAUUGA